GGAAGGCUUUUCAAACCAAGCACCAAAAUUUGGUUCACAACAGAGCGUACGAGCAUACGAGCCUUCCGCAAGAUUGUCUCCUUUGACAACCAUGGAUCAUGGAAGAUCGUCUCCUAUUUCAUGUGUGUCAAGCUCAUCAACCAGAUCUUCUCCCACAUCGAUGAGUGGUUUUUCAGAAUUUGCUACAGAGGAACCAACCGUAAUUGCAAUUAGCGAAGACAACUUGUUGAAAGACAAAAGUAAGGAAAUACAAGGCUGUGAUGAUGACAACUAGGUCCAGGAGUUAGAGAAGGACACAUAUGCUUCCUCAAAAAUUUGUGGAAGUGACGAACAGUCUGGAUUGGCUGAUGUUAUGGCAGAUAAGGUUGUUCUCGGACCAGGCUUGUCGAUUUCAAAGAAUGUGCUUCAACGAAUAAAGACGAAGAAAGUAGGAUCAUUUAUCGCAAACCUGAUGGGAGCAACACUCACAAGAGAGUACAUGGCGACACACAGUUACAAAGGGCAGAAAGGGAAGAAUGGGCAAACAAAGCCAAAGCUUGAUCCAAACUACACAGCUUCCCUAAUAAAAUACGCCAAGAGUGUAAGAUACACCGAACUUCAGCGGCCUGUUAUUGACGAGGACAUUGUCAAAGCUAUCAAGUUUAAACUGAACAAUGAGGAACAGGCGUUCAAAAAGCAACAAGAAUAACAGUAUUAUG